CUGGACAAUCAAUACCAACUCGAUAUCACCCACGCUGAGCGAUACGCACGUGUUAUAGUCAAUGUGUGGAAUUGCGUGAGCUCAAGUGUUGGUACGCACGGAAAGAUCUGCCGAAGCACUAACCAGUUCGAGCUUUCUUCCCACACAGUCCUUGACGUCUGAGAGCUCCAGAGUGAUUUUGCAUCAAUUUACAGCCUCGUACUGGAAUAUCUUGGACACCCUGCGAUCCUGUGAUAAAUAUAAUCUGUGUCUCUUCUUGGUGCUCACAACUCAUGGCAGAGAUCGAGCUUUUCACCGAAAUCACGCUCGAUCGACGCCCGGAUGUCAUCAAAUUCUGGCCACACAACGACCAGUAUGCGGUAGUCGGUACAUACACGCUACUAGAGGAUGGGCCUCCUGAAAAAGAGGAGCCAGUCAGCCAGCAAAGGGUUGGUAGCCUGAACCUUAUACAAGUCAAAGACGACAGAAUCACCAUUAUUCAAUCAUUACAAACGCCAUUUGGCGUCUACGACCUCCACUUUGCACCCAUUGAAGAGAUUCGAAAUGGCAAAGAAAAUCCAGGGUCGUUUGCCGUGGCCUCUUCCACUGGCUCAGUCGCUCUUUACCGGCUGGUUCCCAGCGAACAAGAUGAUGCUACCUUUCCUCACCCAAAGAUCUGGCACACGUACACUGUCCAGUACUUUUCUGCAGACAUACUUAUCACGUCGUUGGAUUGGCGCCGCCACGAUCUCGUCGCGAUGACACUGUCAAGCGGACAAGUAUGCCUUGGAAAAGUGCGCGAUCCAAGUGUGAAUCCUAUCGCCUCUGUCAAGCUGAUGCAGCACGAUUUCCAGGCCUGGCAUUGUUCAUUUUUAGUUUCAAAAGAUGUAUCUGAGACGGGGCUCGGGCUCCUAAGCGGGGGAGACGACGCUACGCUGCGAUUUACUCCGGUUGAAGCUGAUCAUAUUCUUGAUCUGGGACUUGUGGAUAGCGAAACGAACUCACUGCCGGCUAUACCAUGGGUAGACCGAAAAAUACACCAGGCCGGGGUUACUGCAUUGAUGCCGAUUUUAAGCAGUUCUACUGGCCAUCUAGUCGUUACGGGAAGCUACGAUGACCAUAUCAGGCUUUUAUAUAUUCCUAGUAUUGGACGGCGAGAAGUGCUUGCAGAGGAAUAUCUUGAGGGCGGCGUCUUUCGGAUCAAACUUGCGACACAACUUCGCGAAAGCAACUCAGGCUUGAGCGAGAUUGAACAGAGUUAUGGUCUCAUCGUAAGUUGUAUGCAGGCAGGCGCUCGCAUAGUCAAUCUUACCAAGACUGGAGGGGAAUGGCGCUUCAAUGUCAAGGCAAAGUUCGAGAAGAACGCAGGCACCUUACUUUAUGCGAGCGACUGUCAAUCCGUAGGUGCGGAUGGCAGGCGCAUCAUUGUGUCUACAAGCUUUGAGGACCGCAAGCUAUACCUCUGGAAAGCGGACAUCUCCCCAUGAAAGAGAAACCCCAU